CCCUUGUCUGGUCACAUUUUGGGAUGGCCGCACUGUGAACCAGCCUCGUCACCAACCCGAGUGACCAAGGGCGAGGGGUUACAGCCCACACCGAUGGUCUGUAACAAUUUGGGGAAGAUUCAAGGCAAUCAGGCCUCCGGGCGCCAGCUCCGGCACUCACAUGAGACUUUGGGCCGGUCCCCUCACCUGUAAAAUGGAGCCGCUUCCUGGGAUCUACGCUGCUCGCUGCUCGGGGCGUUGGGUAAAGGUGCCGCAGUCACCUGCCUGUACUGCAGCGCCCCGGGGCCAUGAGGGGUGAUGGGCCAUUCUUUGUGGUCAGGACACUGGGUACCCUGUCCUGACUCAUCCUGGACAAGCCCCUUUCCCUCCCGUCCUGUUUCCUUAUCUGUAAAAUUAGGAGAUUGGACUCCAUGACUUCCAAGGACCGUCACUGUAUGCCAGAAAUCCAGGCUGGACACACUUGUUUUUCAAGGGAGCAGUCACAUGAGCCCUUGUAUCUUAGACACACAGCCUUGGAGACCUUGAGUCAUUCCCAGGCUGGGAAGAGGCAUUGGGUGGGGCAGAGAAGAGGCAGGUGUGAAACCACCUAUCCCCAGGGUCACGUCACCAACAUAUCCUGGCAACAACAGCAUGUGUUUGCCUGAGGUGUGAAUCUCGGAGAAAAACAGGUCCAUGGGAUACCUUCCUGAACUAGAGGAACCAGAGUUUGCUCCAAGUGACAACAAGGAACUUGGAGAGCAGCAGGAACAGGGAAGUGGGCUCACCCUGCCCUGACCCCCAGUGUUGGAAAGCAGCCCCAGCUCCUGAUUCCGUCCAAGUGUCCUCAGUAUUUGAAACAGCUUAGCCUGCCCUCCAGGACCCAUACUGCCCCCGCAUUGAGCCCAUUACAACAUGUGUUCCUUACCAGCAAGACCUGAGAACUCAAGGAAGCUCAGAUGUGAGUCAGAAGUGUGCAAUGGGAGCAGGCAUCUCCCUCCUGGUUCUCAGCUCUGGGACCCUCAGACCAGGACACAAUGGCUCAGUGGGCUCCCUAAACCCACUGGAGCACAGUGGGAACAAAGAAAACAGGAUCAGAAAAGUUCACUAACAAAGCUGACGUCGGCAGUACGUGUGAUGAUGGUGCGGAGGCCGAAACCCAGAUCCAGGAGGAGGCGCACUGGAAGAGAUUCCUGAAGGCUUUCUGGUUCCCACCCGGAGGGACAAUGCCCGUGGAGGAAUUUGUGGCUGGCUGGAUCUCCGGAGCGCUGGGCUUGGUCCUGGGACACCCCUUUGACACUGUAAAGGUGCGGCUACAGACCCAGAACACGUACCGGGGCAUCGUGGAUUGUAUGGUCAAGACUUACCGCCAUGAGUCGCUCCUGGGCUUCUUCAAGGGGAUGAGCUUCCCCAUCGCGAGCAUAGCCGUGGUCAACUCCGUCCUGUUCGGGGUCUAUAGCAACUCCCUGCUGGUGCUCACGGCCACCUCCCACCAGGAGCGGCGGGCGCAGCCACCCAGCUACACGCAUGUCUUCAUAGCCGGCUGCAUCGGGGGGUUCCUGCAGGCCUACUGCUUGGCUCCUUUCGACCUCAUCAAAGUUCGGUUGCAAAACCAGACAGAGCCGCGGGCGCAGCCAGGGAGCCCCCCACCCCGGUACCGGGGGCCCGUGCACUGUGCAGCCUCCAUCUUCCAGGAGGAGGGGCCCCGGGGGCUGUUCCGGGGAGCCUGGGCUCUGACACUGAGGGACACCCCCACAUUGGGAAUCUACUUCGUCACCUAUGAAUGGCUUUGUCGCCAAUCCACGCCGGAUGGCCAGAACCCCAGCUCAGCCACAGUGCUGGUGGCAGGGGGAUUUGCAGGCAUCACCUCCUGGGUAACAGCCACCCCCUUGGAUGUGAUCAAGUCCAGGAUGCAGAUGGCCGGGCUGAAGCAGAGGGAGUACCGGGGCAUGCUGGACUGCAUGGUGAGCAGCGCCCGGCAGGAAGGACUGGGGGUCUUCUUCCGGGGGCUGACCAUCAACAGUGCCCGCGCCUUUCCUGUGAAUGCUGUCACCUUCCUCAGCUACGAGUACCUCCUCCACGCGUGGGGAUGAGGUGACCAGGCACUGCCUGCAGCUCCCCAGUGAGACGGCCGCCUCCCUGCCCAGACUAGAGGCCAACUUGAAAGCACCAGGUUGAGAUUCAAAGCAAGAGGCUCAACCCUUCCUUGUCAAGGCACCUUCCAGCCUCACAGACGCAGAUGGGGCUGGGGAGCAGGCCCCCACCCCCACUGGUCCUGGUCUCUGCCCAGAAGCCAAGGCUGGCCUCAGCCUCCCGGCAGCACUUGCCUUGAUUCCUUUGUAAAACAACGAACCAAACCGGUGGUACUGGUGACAUUCCGGCUAGUCCAGAAUCCUCUACUUCCCAUCACCUCCAGGAAAAAGGCCAAACUCCACCCCCUGCUGGUCGGGCAGCCCAGCCCUGAACAAGCUGUGCCCUCUCUCCCCCUCGGGCCCUAGACCCUCCUGGUCCACAGUAGCCAGUGCCACGAGUGACUCCAUCAUCCCUGUGACUGGACCCCCUCCCAGACCCAGGCUGAGCACUGUCUCCUGGGCUCCUUCCUCUGCUCACCUCCACCCUGCCCCGGACUGACUUUGGGGUCUGCAGAUCCCCUACCUGCCUUGAUCAUAGCCCUCGCCUGUGCUUUGUCAUGGUGGUGGUUUGACUUCUCACCUGCCCUAUUAGAGUGGGGGCUCCUUGAGGUCAGUGGUCGCACGUCUGAUCACUUCCCAGCUGGGAGCCUGGUGCUGGAAGCAGCCCGGUCAAUGCCUGAGGAGGGACGUGCCCAUGCACUCCGGCCUCCCUCCCCGACUCCAGCCACCCCACUGCUUCCUUGCCCCUCGGGUGUCUUCCUGGCCUGUUCCCAUCGAUGAUGGCACUUGUUUUCUUUACUGGUCUCAAAUACAAAGUAGGAAUUAAAAACUGGAAAUAAA